AUGGACGAACUCGAGGCAAUGGAGUGCAAGUUUCCUGCCUUGCUUCCGGAGCAGGGCGAAGAAUUAAACAUCGCCAAUGCGCAAGUUUCGAUUGAAUUGCCAUCAACAGACUUUCAGUCAUGGCUACACGACUUCUGUGGCACUGAGGAUGUUUCUGUGCCCGACGUUUUCCUUGCCUUAUGGGGCCUAAUUUUGAAAACAUUCACGGGACAUGGAGCUGUCUGCGCAGGCUCGGUGUUCAAAAAUGAACUCCUUGAGCUGGUAUCCGCAGAGGUAGAUGAACAAGCUACAAUGAUCGAAUUGAUUCGGUCAUUGGCGAAAGGAAAGAGAACUAUUCAAGACAUCACAUUGGAGUUGCCCUGCAAUUCGGCCGUCUCCUUUGCGAAUACCAAGGAAGAAAUUCCCGAUAUUUUGAAUAAGUUUCAAAUUUCAUUGUUAGUUGUGGAUGGACAGGAUGAGAUGGAAAUUUCUCUCCUUCACCAAAAAAGUCACAUUGCACCAUCUUUUGCAAAGCAUGUUGCAAACACAGUCAGCGAGCUACUUUCUCAGCUCAAAUUUGACCCUAAGCGAGAAAUCUCGCAGUUCAACCUCAUUCACGUUGAAACCGAGAGACAACUACAGACCUGGGGUACUAAUCUUCCAAAGCCAGUGGAAGAUUGUGUGGGUCCUCUCUUUGAAGAGACAAUUCGACAGAGACCACUGAAUGAGGCAGUGCGGACAGCUGAAGUUGUCUUGACGUAUCAAGAUCUGGAUCGUCUGACUAAACUACUCGCCAUCCACCUACAGAGCCUUGGGGUAGGCCCCGAAAAAGUGGUGAUUUUGUGCUUCCCAAAAUGUGCUUGGGCUAUUGUGGCCAUGAUGGCCGUUAUUCGUGCUGGUGGUGCCAUAUUGUUCUUGGAUCCUUCGCAUCCGACAGCGCGACACCAGGAGAUCGCGGACCAAGUGAAGACCAAAUGGAUUCUUACCACGUCAGAGCACGCUCCUAACAUGGAAUGGUUCGACGGAGAGGUUCUGUGUAUCAAUCCUGCUUUCUUGGAGUCACUGGAAUCGAGUACUCAAGAAAGCCAUCUGGCAUCAACAGCCACCCCUUCAAACACACUGUACAUUAUUUUCACCUCUGGAUCGACGGGCAAGCCGAAAGGCUGCGUGAUCGAGCAUCAACAAUUCCUCACCGGGUCUCGCGCGCAGCAGAAAGCAUCAGGAAUGGAUUCCACAGAUCGAGUGAUGCAACUGGCAUCAUUCACAUUCGACGUCAGUAUCCUGGAGAUAAUAACCUCACUCAUCUCGGGUGCUUGUGUGUGCAUUCCAAACGACCAGGAGCGAUCGCAAGGGCCUGCCUUCUGCAUCCAGAGUUUCGAAAUCACCUGGGCAUUCCUUACACCCUCUUUGGUAAAGUCAAUGAAUCCAAGUCAAGUUCCUACCCUCAAAUUUCUGGUUCUGGGUGGCGAGGCAGUCUUGGAAGAGAACAUCAAGGUCUGGGCACCCCACGUGCGUCUGGCGAACGGUUAUGGUCCUUCCGAGGCAUCUAUUGCAGCUACAGCCAAUGUUCCCCUGUCUCUGAACACAAACCCAAUGAACAUUGGCCACCCACUGGGAGGAUCGUGCUGGAUUGUGAAAGCCGAUGACCACGAUGCGCUCGUUCCGGUGGGAGCGCCUGGCGAGUUAGUGAUCCAGGGCCCAAUUGUUGCUAGGGGGUAUUUCCACGAGCCUGAAAAGACCAAGGCGGUUUUCCUGGACACCGCCAAGUGGUCGAAAGUCACUCCUACGCCGUUCUCACGAAUGUAUAAGACGGGUGAUCUGGCCCGCUUCAAUGAAGACGGUAGCGUGCACUUCAUUGGACGAAAGGACAAUCAGGUCAAGCUACGUGGUCUUCGAAUCGAAUUGGGGGAGAUCGAACACCGCAUUGCCGCUCAUCCAAUUGUUAGACAAGUCUCCGUUAUACUCGCGAGGACUGGCCCUUGUCAGGCCAAGCUGACGGCUGUGGUUUCCCUGAAAGAGCUCGAACGCGACGGACGCGCGCUUCAGUUGCUCACGGACGAUGACUACCGCAUCGCGAAAGAACAUCUUGAUGCCGUGGAGGAAGUUGUCUCGAAGCAGCUACCAGGUUACAUGAUGCCAACGGUCUGGGUACCAGUUUGGUCGAUCCCAUUGACCGUCUCCGGAAAGCAGAACGGAGUGGCGGUAGCCAGAUUCGUCCAAGAUAUGUUUGUGGAGACACACGACCUUCUCAUGGGCAAGAACAGUGGAGUUGAGAGAGUUGGCCCGUCCAACGAUCGCGAGCGUCAAAUUGAAGAACUUGGCUGCGAGCUUCUGGGUCUGGAAAAGCCCGAAGACCUCUGGUUGAACAAAUCCUGGAUUCAGAAUGGUGGUGACUCAAUCAAGGCGACGCAACUACUCGACAGAUUGCGUCGCCAGGGACUUUCUGUUGUCUUCGAAGAUAUCAUGCAAAGCGAAACCUUGAUCGAAAUCGCCGAAACGAUUGAGAGCCGAGGUCUAGUUAUCCCUCUUACCACUGAGGCAGUCCGAACGUAUUCGCCUGCUUUGGACCAAGAGCGCCUGUCGAAGGUCGGCCUGGAUGUCCACUCAGUCCAGGAUGUGUAUGGACUAUCGUCUGUACAGCGAGGAAUCCUCCUUAGCCAGGAGCAAGACCCCGAAAGCUACCAGCUUCGCAUCACCUGUGAGGUGCUCUCCCGCCAAGGAGUUGAGAUUGACGAUCAGCGCUUGUUCGAUGCCUGGAGACAUGUCACUGGCCGCCAUCCCGCACUGCGCACGAUCAUGGUCGAGACUGAGACUGAAGAUGGACUCUUCGACCAGCUCGUUCUCAAACAGAGCAAGCCACAAGUGAUAGAAUGGAACGUCGACAACGAAGAGGCCUUCUGGCAGGCGCAUGAUAAGUUCACUCGAACAGACACUGCCCUCGAACCGCCAGUAGUGUUUGUGGUCUCCACCACAGGCGACGGCAAACGGUUUAUCACCAUUGACAUCAGUCAUGCCCUUGUCGACGGAGUGUCCAUUCUGAUCUUGCUUCGCGACCUCUGUCAAGCAUAUGAGGGCAAUCUACCCAAAGACCGCGAGGUCAAGUACUCCUCAUACAUCGACUACAUCCAGCAGCUUUCUGUUGAUUCUUCAUUGGAGUAUUGGACCAAGCAUCUGGAAGCCGCGUCCCCCUGUCACAUGCCUAUUCUCAACGACGAUGUGGCCCUUGGAGGUCAGCCAGGCGAGGUCAAAAUGGAUAUUGAGGGUGUGGAUGCGCUGUACGAGCUAUGCGCUGCCCACAACUUCACACCCGCCACCGUGUUCCAGGCAGCAUGGGCAUUGGUCCUUCAGGCCUACACAGGACAAGACGAUGUCUCGUUCGGAUACCUCACUGCAGGACGUGAGAUGCCUGUGUCCGAGAUCAGUGAGGCAGUCGGUGUUUUCAUCAACAUGAUGAUCUACCGGAUGCAGCUGUCACCUGAAGCAACAAUCGCCUCGAUCGCAAAGAAAACUCAGCAAAGCUUCUUAAGAGGUCUUCCCCACCAGCACUGCUCCGUUGCGGAGAUUCAACAUGCGCUUGGCACUUCGAAACCAUUGUUCAACACAAUUAUGUCACUCCAGAGUGCCCUGGGUGAAGAUAUCUUUAGUGGCGAAGGCAAAAACGACAUAGGAUUCAGAGUUGUCGGAGAACAGGAUCCCACAGAAGUAAGACUGGAUUUUUGGGUGCACUCAUCUUGGUGGAUCAGUUUUGCUAACUUGUUUCAGUAUGAUGUUUCCGUCAACAUUUUCGUCUCCCAGGCACGGGUUUCAGUGACACUUCGCCAUUCCCGCGCAACUCUCAGCGAGGGCAUGGCCGAGAAUGUUUUGGCCACAUUCCGCCAAUCUAUCAAUACUGUGAUCCAUAGCCAUACUUCCAAGCUGGCUGAUUUGACCAUGCUGAGUGAGCGUGAUCAAACUCAAAUUGCAGGUUGGAACAGCAAGGAAUGGGAUGACCUUGAAGUCUGCGUACAUGACUUGAUUUCGAAACAAGUCGCCAUACGCCCACAAGCAGUUGCCAUUGAUGCCUGGGAUGGAAGCUUCACUUACCAGGAACUGGACGCUAUCACCAACCGUCUGGCGGCACUGCUGAUUGGAAAAGGCGUUGGGCCAGAGGUCUUUGUGCCGAUCGGCUUUUCUAAAUCGCGUUGGACAGUCGUUGCUCAGUUGGCCACAUUGAAGGCAGGCGGAGCAUGUGUUGCCUUUGACCCCGAGCACCCGCGCAGCAGACGUGAGCAGAUGGUUGAGCAAUGUGAGGCCAUCACGGCUAUUGUUGCAGAGGGCUACGAAUCGCUGUUUGAAGGACUGGUACAGAAUGUGUUCGUUCUUGGGCCGAAUACAAUCGAUGCAUUGCUCCAGGGCCAGUCCACGCAUGAAGGUCAAUCCCCUGCCUCUGCAGUCACGCCCUCCAAUCCUGCCUUCGUUGUGUUCACGUCCGGAUCAACUGGGCGACCCAAGGGUAUCUGCUUGGAGCAUCACGCAGUCUGCAGCAGUGCCAUGGCUCACGGCCCUGCGAUGAACUAUCCGGAAUCUCGGGUUUUGCAGUUCGCAUCGUACACUUUCGAUGUCAGUAUUGGUGAGACCUUUACUUGCUUGAUGAGCGGUGGCACGUUGUGUAUUCCUAGCGAGGAAGAGCGGAUGAACGAUCUGGCGGGUGUCAUCAACCGAAUGAACGCAAAGGUCGUGUACUUGACCCCCUCCGUCGUGAGCCUGCUGCAUCCCUCCGAAGUUCCUGGAAUCUCCACCUUGGCGUUGGGCGGUGAGGCCGUGCGAGAAGACAACAUCACCACCUGGGCCAAUCACACCAACCUUGUCAAUAUCUAUGGCCCGGCCGAAUGCUCAGUUUGGAGUACUGGACUACAGAAUGUCCCAGCGUCUGCUUCGCCCCGCAACAUUGGAUAUGGACUUGGUGCGCGGAUGUGGAUCACCGAGGCCGAAAAUCCGAACAAGCUUUGCUCCGUGGGUGCAGUCGGCGAGCUUUUGAUUGAAGGCCCAAUCGUUGCCAGAGGUUAUCUGAAAGACGAGGAAAAGACCAAGGCGGCAUUCAUUGAUCCCCCUGCGUGGUUGUCGCGUUAUCAAACACGCGACGUGUCCGGAGAAACCUCGGCCCGACAGGUUAAGCUUUACCGGACGGGCGAUCUUGCCCGCUACAACUCCGAUGGAUCCUGCCAUUUCAUUGGUCGUCGUGAUCACCAAGUCAAGCUCCAUGGCCAACGCGUGGAGAUGGGCGAGAUUGACCGGACCAUGCUCAUGCAUGAGCUGGUCCAGAAUGCCUUGGCUUUGGUCCCCACGAAGGGCAAAUUGGCUGGCAAGCUAGUUGCAGUUCUAAGCUUGAAUGACCAAGUUCAUGCCCUAGGUAAGACUGGGAUCGAGUUGCGAGUGGAUUCGCAACUCGAUAUAUCGCCAUUGCAAGAAUGGCUUGCAACACGUCUACCUUCCUACAUGAUACCCCACACCUGGCUUGUCGUGCACUCCAUUCCUGUGACCCGAAACGGUAAGUCAGACCGCACGUCGGUUGUUGAAUGGGUUCAAGAGUUGGAGCAGGUAGUGGGCAACGUGGAGCAAACCGAGUCCUCCAAUGUCGACAACUUGCCAGUCAACAAGAUGGAAACAGACGUGAGGGAGAUUGUUAGCUCGGUGCUCAACAUCCCCGAGGCACAAGUAUUGAUGACCGCGUCGUUCCUGUCUUUGGGAGGAGACAGUAUCACUGCUAUGCAAACUGCAUCCCGAUCCAGGGCUCGUGGCAUUCAAUGUCCCGUGAAGAGCAUCUUGAAAAGCAAGUCUAUCCGCCAGAUUGCGAAAGAAGCAACAGUCAUCACAAACUCCGCCCAUUUGUCCAAGACCGGUGGACAAGCUUUCCGUCUCUUGCCCAACAUGCUUCCGUCCGACCUUGAUUCACAUGUGAAGACUCUGGGAUACGCAGGCGUGUCCGACAUCGAGGACGCGUACUUUUGCUCGCCAAUGCAAGAGGGUAUCCUGAUAAGUCAGGCCCAGGCCCCGGAGACAUACAAAUUCUCCGCUGUUUGUGCCAUCCGUGCUGUGGAUGCAUCACAGCCACUCAGUCUCGAUAAGCUCAUCCAAGCAUGGGCUCGUGUCGUGGCGAGCCAUCCCGUUUUGCGUACUUUCUUCGUUGAAGGACUUUCAGGGGAUGCUUUGUACAGUCAGAUUGUACUGAAAGAGUAUGCGCCACGGGUCGAAAAAGCGGCGAGCCUCGAGAGCUUGCUUCGAUAUGAUCAGGAAUACCCCGUCGGCUACAACCAGCCCAUUCCCCCGCACCGCAUCACUGUUUUCGAGGACAAAGAUGCUUUGUACUUCAAUCUGGAGCUCAGUCAUACUUUGAUUGACGGCGCAUCGAUGCCCAUCCUCCUCGGUGACAUCAGAGCAGCUUACGAUAAUACCAUUCCCGCGGGGCCCUUGUACAGUGACUAUAUCGCUUUCUGGCAACGUCAGUCGCGCGAGCAAACCACCUCAUUCUGGACGAAGUACUUGAACAACAUGCAGCCAGCCAUGUUCCCCGCGCUUUUGGACAACGCGGCCCCCGAAAAGGAGCUGCGGGUGGUCAAGCUGCCAGUAACCGACAUGAUCUCCAAACUUCAGUCAUUCUGCAAAGAUAAUGAGUUAACCAUUGCCAAUGUGUUCCAGGCCGCAUGGGCACUCGUGUUGCGGUUAUACACCAGGAACACAGAUGUUUCCUUCGGUUAUCUUUCAUCUGGGCGCGAUGCUGAUGACCUUGAUUUGGACCAUGCCGUGGGUCCAUUCAUUAACAUGCUUCCCUGUCGCAUCGAAGUCAAUGACUCUUCGAGGCUAAUCGACAUUGUCCGCAAAAUUAACGAUGAUUUCCUCGAGUCUUUGCCGUACCAGCAUACUUCUUUGGCAGAGGUCCAGCAUCACUUGCGCCUCUCCGGAGAACGUCUCUUUAACACCACUCUGUCUUUGCAACGAUCCAUGAUUGAAUCAGAUGAAAGGAGUAGCAGUAUCUCCGUGGAGUAUUUGGCGGGCGCUGACCCCACGGAAUACGAUCUCAGUGUGAGCAUCACCGUUGGCGAAGCUGAUAUUGAUGUCGACAUCAACUACUGGACCACUUUCCUGUCCGACGAGAAAGCCGAAAUGCUGGGGUCGACAUUCAAGUCCAUUCUUGCCAACUUGCUUGCUUCACCGACCAAAGAACUCCGAGACUUUGACUUGCUUGGAGACCAGCAACACCACCACCUGAUGUCUUUGAACAAUCAUGGUGUCGUUCCCGAGGCUAUUUCCAGUUGCAUUCAUGAUGAAGUGGGCCGGCAAGCCUUGGAAAAUCCAUCCGCACCGGCUGUCGAGUCGUGGGAUGCGUCAUUCACAUACUCGGAGUUGAAUGAACUAUCCGAAAGACUCGCAUGCAGACUUGCCAACAUCGGUAUCGGGCCGGAGAAAGUAGUUGCUCUUUGCUUCGACAAAUCUGCAUGGACUGUCGUGGCAAUGUUGGCAGUACUCAAAGCUGGCGGUGCCUAUACUUCGAUGGGUCCGACUCACCCAAGGUCGCAUCUCGAACAAGUCAUCCUGGCCACCAAUUGCCGUGUCAUUCUUGCUGGAUCUGAAGCAUAUGGAGCUUUGGUUGGAGACUUGGUGGACCAUGUCAUAGUCGUCGCACCCGAACUCUUUUCUACGUUGCCUGUAGGUGACCUGGGGGUCGUUGAAAAGGCAAGCCCAGACAACGCUGCCAUGAUCAACUUUACGUCCGGCAGUACAGGGAAACCAAAGGGUAUAGUUGUUCGGCACAGUGGUGUUUGCUCACUGGUGCAUCACAAUUCUGACAUGGGAAUCGACAACUCCUCGCGUGUGCUUCAGUUCUCUGCUUACACAUUCGAUACCAGCAACGGUGAGAUAUUCUUGGCCUUGUGUGUUGGAGGAUGUGUUUGUAUCCCCUCAGAUGACGAACGUCUCAACGACCUGGCCGGUGCAAUGACUCGAAUGAGCGUUACGUUUGCCUUCCUCACCCCUUCCCUGACACUCACGCUCUCACCAAAGGCAGUUCCAACACUGAGGACAUUGGGUCUUGUCGGUGAGGCUGUGCCUAACGACCUUCCCGGUAAAUGGACGGAACAUCUGCGUGUGAUCAAUUCAUACGGACCGGCUGAGACCACUGUCAUGGCCUCCUUUGCGAACUCGGCAGGCUCCAUGCCGGCAAAUAGUAUUGGACUGGCCCAUGGGUGCCUCUUCUGGGUCACCGACCCUGCAGACAGUCAACGGCUAGUCCCGGCGGGCUGCGCCGGCGAGUUAUUGAUCGAGGGCCCUAUCGUGACGCGCGGAUAUUUAGAUCCAAAGCUGACUUCCAAGGCCUUUAUUGAACCUCCAAGGUGGAGGGGCGCAGUCAACGAGGGAACGCGAUUAUACAGAACCGGAGAUCUUGUCAGGCUUUUGGAGGAUGGCAACAUGUUGUUCCUCGGACGUGCUGACGGACAGAUCAAGCUUAACGGACAACGUGUGCCCACCUGGGACAUUGAAGAAGAGAUCGGCCGACACCCCUCUGUCCUUCAGACGACGCUUGUUUUCCCCAGCCAUGGUCCGUGCAAGAAGAAGCUUGUGGCUUUGGUAGCACCGAAGAAUGAGAUCGCCAAUCAGUCCAUCUCUCUCGAGGGUAUCAUUCCAUUCAGAAAAGACACCGACAAGGAUCAGGCUAUCGAGCAAAUCGCAUCCAUCCGUCAGCGACUCGCAGAAAUCUUCCCAGGUUACAUGGUACCUUCUGUUUGGUUACUGUGUCACAGCCUUCCAUUGACACUGUCACGAAAGCUUGACAGGCGUCAGAUCAAGGGAUGGGUCGAAGAAAUGAAUCAGGAAAUUUACUUUGAAGCACUGGCUGAGAAGGAAGAAGAGGCCGAUUCCACAGAAGCUCCCAAAUCCGAUGCCGCAGAGCACCUGCAGGCGAUCGUUGGACGAGUUCUGAAUUUACCUUCCAGCAAGGUCUCUCUCCAAUCAUCUUUCUUCAAGCUCGGAGGUGACUCGAUCACUGCGAUGCAGCUGGUCGUCAAAUGCCGAAAUGAGGGCCUCAAGCUUCUCUUCAAGGAUGUGAUGCGCAGUACUAGCAUUGCAUCUUUGGUCGACCUUCUGCAAACCGUCGAUGGCAGCAAUAUAUACCAACAGUCCGAUCGAUUCGACGUUCCAUUUGACCUUACUCCAAUUCAGCAGUUCUACUUCCAAAACAUCUCUCAGGGAAGCCAGGAUGCUGCGGCAAAUCAGUUCAAUCAGAGUUUCCUCUUCCGCCUGUCCGGUGACUUGCCAGUGGCCCAGUUAAGAGACGCAGUCGAUAAAGUCGUCCAGCGUCACUCAAUGCUUCGCGCUCGAUUCCGCCAGUCGCGCGAUUCCCAAUGGAAGCAAAUACUGAUUGCUCACAGCACCUCAGCGUAUCGUUUCAGAGAACAUGCGGUUGAGAGUGAAGAAAACGCUCUGAUCUUGGCACAGCACGCGCAAGAGGAGCUUGAUAUUCAGAUGGGCCCUGUGUUCUCCGCCGAGCACUUUACCAUCCCAGGACAGAAACCUCUCUUCUUCCUCGUCGCUCAUCACCUGGUCAUUGAUCUGGUUUCUUGGAGAAUUAUUUUCCAAGAACUAGAAGACUCCAUCGCCGGGGAAAUCUCUCAAGCCCCUCCAUUCUCCUUCCAACAGUGGCAGCAAUUGCAACGACAAUACGCUGCGGAGAAUCUUCCACCAAACAAAGCUCUGCCUUAUACUAUUCCCAAAGCGGACUAUGGCUACUGGGGAAUGGAAGAUGUUCCCAACUUUGCUGGUGACACGCAACAACUCAAUACUGUUCUGCCAUCACAGGAGAGUGAAGCCUUGCUCACCGGUUGUCAUCAGGCAAUGAAAACAGAGCCUUUGGAUAUCCUCAUCGCUGCUUUGUUCACAUCCUAUGCGAAAACAUUCCAGAGAGCACCACCUGCAGUGUUCAACGAAGGCCAUGGCCGCGAGCCGUGGACUAGUGAGAUUGAUCUGUCCGACUCGGUCGGUUGGUUUACCACCGUUUUCCCCUUCCAUGUAUCCGGAAUGGACGCAAGCACAGCUCCCGCAGAUGUUGUUCGUGGCGUCAAAGACCAGAGGCGCAACCUUCCAGCAAAUGGUUGGUCGUAUUUCACAUCGCGGUUCCUCAACGAGCAAGGUAUCAAAACCUUCGCCGACCACAUGCCCGUUGAAAUCGUGUUCAACUAUCUCGGACUGUACCAAGGUCUCGAGCGAUCUGACGGCAUCUUCAAUCUCGUUCCGUUCAACAAGGGAGAUGUGGGACCAUCCGUGCGACGCUAUGCUCUGUUUGAGAUCAAUGUCUACGUGAUCAAUGGAUGUACCCAUAUUUCUUUCACAUUCAAUCGCCAAAUGCAGCAUGUCAAUCGUAUCCACCAGUGGAUCGAGAAUUACACUGCUGCUCUCAAGGACAUCUCAACGAGCCUGACUCGCACGGAAGUGACACUCACUCGGAGUGACUAUCCUCUUCUCGACAUCUCUUACCCGGAGUUGGACAAGCUGCAGAGCUCGAGACUACCAGACCUCAAGUUGAGCCUCGAUGACAUUGAGGAUCUCUACCCCUGCUCGCCACUUCAAGAGGGUAUCUUACUCAGCCAGCUUCGUCUUGAAGAUGCUUAUCUCUACCACGCUAUAAUGCGAAUCGACCCAUGCGAAGGUCGUCCUCUCGACGCUGCACGCCUUUCUUCAGCAUGGCAAGAUGUGGUUGAUCGCCACACAAUUCUGCGGACUGUGUUCCUCAAGGGAAUCUCACAGCGACCAUUUGAUCAGAUGGUUCUCCGGAACCAUCGCCCAACUACGCGAAUUGUUCAGGCCGAGUCCGCGGCUGAGGCUUUGAGCCUGCUCCAGUCCUAUGAGCCCUUGUCAUCCUCGACUUCGAAGCCCCCUCAUCGCCUGGUCGUGGUGCAAUGUGCUGAAGGAUCACUCUAUUUCCGGCUCGAUAUCAGUCAUGCCUUGAUGGAUGGAACUGCGAUGUCUGUCUUGAUCAACGAUCUCGUCUCUGCAUAUGGCAACCAGCUCUCAUCCUCGCCGGCCAUUCCAUACAGUGACUACAUUGCUUAUAUCCAAUCCCAGCCAGCUGCGGAAGGGUUGGAUUUCUGGUCCAAUCACCUGCACGAUGUGCGACCCUGUCACUUCCCUGCGCUAGGAGUCUCAGGCGAGGUGAAAGAGGAGAUGAAGACUGUUGAUGUUAUUGUCCCUGACAAUAAGCAAGUUCGUGCGUUCUGUCAAGAGAACAAUAUCACGCUGGCAAAUGUCAUUCGUUUGGCAUGGUCCUUGGUCCUUCAGGCAUACUCGGGCGAAGACCAGGUCAGCUUUGGAUAUCUUACGGCAGGAAGAGAAAUCCCUAUCGAAGGAUUGGAGACUGCAGUUGGUCCGUUCAUCAAUAUGCUGGUUUGUACGACCAACCUGGCGCAAGUCGGCAGCAAAACUAUCACCUCUGAGUUGCAUGAUCUACACCAUGAAUAUAUUAACAUGCUUCCACACCAACAUGUCGGCUUGGCGGAAGUCCACCAUGCCUUGGGAGUGACAGGAAAGCCAUUAUUCAACACAGUUGUCAGUUUCCAGCGCCGGGAUCUCGCAAGUCUGGUGAUGGGUGAUUUACAGAUGACAUAUCUUGAAGGACAAGAUCCUACAGAGUAUGAUAUCACUGUGAAUGUCGCAGACACCGACUCCAACGGAUUUACGGUCGAUCUAGGCUAUCUCACUUCUCGACUGUCUCCAGAAUAUGCAGUCCAGGUCUCUGGAGCUUUGUCCGCUGCAUUUGAUUGGAUCAUUUCCAAUUCCUCUACCACUGUGAACUCUGUUAACCUUUUCAGCGAAUCGGCCAAAGACCAGGUCCUCAAGUGGAAUUCUUCCAUGCCCCCAGCAGUCAAUGAGCCUUUGCACGCGCUCUUUGAAAGAAAUGCAAAGGCCUUGCCAAACGCACCAGCGAUUACUUCCUGGGAUGGAGUGAUGACUUAUUCGCAACUAGAACGCAAAGUUGCUCAGCUCGCCCAAGUUCUUGUCGACAUGGGUGUCAAACACAAUGAUCUAGUUCCAAUCUGCUUUGACAAGUCAUCUUGGGCAAUCAUCUCCAUGCUUGCGAUUAUGAAGGCCGGUGCCGGAUUUAUUCCCUUGGAUCCUUCUAGCCCGGCAACUCGCCUGGAGUUGAUCAUUCAGCAGACAUCGUCUUCCUUGGUGCUGGUUGCUCAAGAAAAGGUGCAUUUGAUUACUGGGUUGGUACCAAAUGUCCUCGUGGUUUCUGAAUCUAUCGAUGCAUGGAAUCAUGAGGUGUCAAGUAUAUCCUCUAGCCCCGUUUCUCCCGACAGCGUGGCAUACGUGUUGUUUACCUCAGGUUCAACUGGUACCCCGAAGGGCGUCGUAAUGGAACAUGCAGCUGUCAGCACCAGUGUCACUCAUCAUGGACAACUGAUCGGGUGUAGCUCUGCCACUCGGAUGUUCCAAUUCGCAGCAUUCACCUUCGAUGCUUGUAUUCUCGAGAUCUUCACAACUCUGACUUACGGCGGCUGCAUCUGUCUUCCAUCUGAUGGCGAACGAAUGAGUGAUAUUGCUGGCUCAAUCAAUCGAAUGGAAGCCAAUACCUCUUUCCUGACCCCGUCGGUGGUGCGUCUUCUUCAACCAAAGCAGGUUCCUACUCUCAAGACUCUCAUUCUUGGUGGAGAAGCCUUGCAUGAAGAUAACAUUCACGCUUGGGCCGACAGCCUACGUCUCAUGAAUGGAUACGGGCCUACUGAGACAUGUGUGUUCGCGGUUAUGAAAACUUUCGAAGGCAACAAUGACCAGUGUGAUAAUCUGGGUCAUGCUGUGAGCUCCGUUGCCUGGAUUGCUCGCCCGAACAACCACGAUCAGUUAGCCCCUGUUGGUGCUAUAGGUGAGCUUUUGAUUCAGGGCCAUACUUUGGCGAGGGGAUAUCUCCACGACCAAGAAAAGACCGAUCAAGCUUUCAUUCGCAAUCCUGGCUUCUAUCCCACAGUGGAUGGCUCUGUUCAACGAUUCUACAAGACCGGCGAUUUAGUUCGUUACAAAAUCGAUGGCUCGAUUACAUACUUGGGCCGAAGAGACACACAGAUCAAGCUCCGUGGUCAAAGAAUUGAGUUGUCGGAGAUCGAGCAUCAAAUUCAGCGUCAUCUGAGCGCUGAUCAACAGAUUGCAGUUGAAGUUGUGCUCCCCCACGGAGAAAAAGAGCAAGCUCUUCUCGCUGUGUUUAUUUUCAAGCCUUUGAGGCUGGCGGGCACCGAGCUCCUGGCGGAAAUCAGCUUGGAGACGAAAGACUUGAUCAAAGACCUCAAGGCUCAUCUUGCGAAGGUCCUGCCGUCAUACAUGCAACCGUCACUCUACAUUCCCACGAACUGGAUGCCGACAACUUCUGCUCAAAAGCUUGAUAGAAAGCUGCUCCGAGACGCAGUGUCUGCUUUGAGUGACGCGAAAUUGAAGAGCUAUUCGCUGCGUGAAGACAGUCGCCGGCUACCGCACACUGUUCUGGAGAAGAAGGUUCAAGAACAAUGGCAUCGCAUCCUGAAUGUCCCCAUGGAAGGUAUCCGAGCCGAUGACAACUUCUUCAGGAUUGGUGGUGAUUCUCUCUCGGCAAUGAAAAUGGCUGCUACCUCGCCCGAGAACUUCCCUGUCACCGUCGUCGAUAUCUUCCAGCAUCCCGUGCUCUCCGAUUUGGCCGCCGCAUUGGCCGCCAAAGCACCCAAAGACGACCAAGCUAUUGUCUCUCUCCAGCCCUUUGAGUUGCUGAACUCCACUCCAGACAUCUCUGAAUUCUUAAGUGAUAUCAGCAGCCAAUAUUCACUUCCAAAGGACGCGAUUGAAGACGUGUUCCCCGCAAGUCCCCUCCAAGAGGGCAUGAUUGCCAUCUCGAUGAUCAAUCCCAAGGCUUACAUGCUGCGAAAGGUUUUCAAAAUGGGUCCAGCUCUUGAUGCUCAUCGCUUCCAAUCAGCCUGGGAAAUGGUCAUCCAGAAGAACCAGACGUUGCGCACGCGCUUUGUGCCAACAUCUGAUGCAGGAUUUGUACAAGUUGUCCUGAAAGACAGUAUCAAGUGGAGGAAUGCAGUGAAUUUAGAGAAAUACCUGGAGCAGGACUUGAAUGAAGGACUAGUCUACGGAGCCCCGCCUUUGCGCUUUGCUCUUACUGAAGACCGUCACUUCAUUUUCUCCGCGCACCAUGCCACUUACGAUGGUUGGUCUCUUCCACUGAUCCUGAAUCAGGUCAAUUCCGCCUACAAACAUGGUCACUGCCCCGAUACUGCUCCAUUCAACACAUUCAUCAAGCAUUUGCAGUCCACAGAUGCCCAGUCGUCGCAAUCUUACUGGGCAGACCAACUUUCUGGUCCCAGACCUACCACAUUCCCUGAAUUGCCUUCGCCAUCCUACCGCCCGUCCGUUCGAGGCACAGUGCAGCAUCAAAUCUCUAUGUCCAAUGUCGCAAAUUCCGACAUUCUGAAGGCCACCAUUCUCCGAGCUGCCUGGGGACUUCUUCUCGCCCGGUACACAGAUAGCGAGGAUGUUCUGUUUGGAAUGACCCUUUCUGGUCGCAACAGUGCGGUCUCUGGUAUUGACGCCAUGAUCGGUCCGACUAUUACAACUGUGCCUGUGAGAAUGACUAUGACACCGAAACUCUCAAUCAGUGAGUUCUUGGCUCAGGUUCAGCAACAAUCGACAAACAUGAUCCCACAUGAGCACUUUGGGUUGCAGAAUAUUGCUGGCAUCAACUUGGAUUGCUCCCGAGCAGUGGAAUUCCAAAAUCUGUUUGUCAUUCAACCCGUCUCAGACACCUCGUCAACGGGUGAUCUCCUGCCCGGAUUGGAGGAGGUUGAGCUGCCGCUCGAAGACUUCGAUAGCUACCCCUUGGUUGUCGAGUGCUUUGUAGCGGACGACAAAGUUAUCAUUGAAGCCCGCCAUGACGAAAAUGUCCUCUCAAGCUGGCGGUUGAAGGCCAUGAUGCACCACUUCGAGCAUAUUUUGGAACAGUUCACCGAACCCACCAAUCUCGAGUCUCAGGUGGCUUCCGUUGAGCUCUUCGGUGAUAAAGACAUGGACCAAAUCAUUGAAUGGAACCGCGAGUUCCCAGAAACCGUUGAGUCGACUGUGCCAGUUAUCUUUGCUGACCAAGUCUCUCAGCGGCCGGACGCGUUGGCUAUCGACGCUUGGGACGGCCAGCUGACCUACGGUGAACUCGAUCAGCUCUCGACAACUCUCGCUCGCCACCUCGUCUCCCUUGGGGUAGUCCCCGAGGCUCUGGUUCCUAUGUGUUUUGACAAAUCCAGAUGGGCUGUUGUCGCACAAAUGGCCGUCAUGAAGGCCGGUGGUGCUUGUGUCAAUCUUGACCCUGCCCAUCCUCAAGCUCGUCUCGAGACCAUUGUCAAAGAUGCCCAGGCGACAGUCCUUCUUACAAAUCCCCGUCACUCGGCAAUUCUCGCAAAUUCUGUUUCUUUGAAGACUGUGACGGUGACAGAGGACUUCAUAUCCAGUCUCCAAAACUUAGACUUUGACCUACCAUCGCUCCACCCUCGGAACGCGGCAUAUGUUCUCUUUACAUCCGGGUCAACCGGCAAGCCCAAGGGUAUUGUCAUUUCCCAUGGCUCUCUUUGCUCAAGCUCAAAGGCCCAUGGAACGCGUUGGGAGAUUGGUCCAGGAACCCGACUUUUGCAGUUUGCUGCAUACACGUUCGAUGUUAGCUGUGCAGACAUCUUCACAACAUUGCAACGCGGCGGAUGCAUCUGUGUGCCGUCUGAUGAACAGCGCCUGAAUGAUCUGUCUGGUGCAAUCAACGAUUUCCAGUGUAAUUGGGCGUUUAUGACACCCACUGUCGCCGCUCUACUGCCAACAAAUAUUCCCUCCUUGAAGAAGCUUGUUCUUGGAGGUGAGGCAUCCACACGCGACAUCAUUUCCAAAUGGCACAAUGUUCUUGAUCUCAUUGUAUGCUACGGCCCAGCUGAGACAACCGUCUAUUGCAGCGGUGCACCACCGGCUACUGCAACGAGUGACCCAGCGAACCUUGGUCCAUCAAUCGGAGCCCUCUAUUGGAUCGCUGAUCCUCAGGACCCCAACCGCCUGACGCCCUUAGGAUGUGUUGGAGAGCUCCUUCUGGAGGGACCAACUCUCGCGCGUGAAUAUCUUCACGAUGCUGAAAAGACAGCGAAAUCAUUUGUGUCGAACCCUGUCUGGGCGAUCCGCCCUGACUCCCGGUUCUACCGCACGGGCGAUCUAGUACGCUGGAAUUCCGAUGGCACAAUCCGAUUUGUCGGGCGCAAAGACACUCAGGUCAAGGUCCGUGGUCAGCGUGUGGAGCUAGGUGAAAUCGAACAUGCUGUUCGACUGGCAAUGCCUACCCUCGCCCACGUAAGUGUAGAUGCAGUACAGGAUCCAACCCACUCCCGGCAGAUUGUGGUAGCCUACCUACACUACAGCAACCGCAGUGGUCCUGUUGAAAUCAAGGACAUGUCUGAUGACCUCCGCGAGGAGCUGGCAGUGUUGCAACAGACCCUCAGUCAGCAACUCCCCUCGUAUAUGGUCCCGUCCAUGUUCAUUCCUCUCUCUCGCGUGCCCCUGACUAUGAAUGGCAAGUCUGACCGUCGCCAACUGCGCGAGCUUGUAACAUCCCUUUCGAGAGAGGAUUUCUUGACUUUUUCGCUGGCCAGCAGUCUCAAGGUCGAACCCACCACACCCAUGGAACUGCAACUCCGUGGUUUAUGGGCCAAGGUUCUGCAUGUUGAAGAAGAUACUUUGGGCAAGAACCACCACUUCCUCCGCUCUGGAGGUGAUUCUAUCAGCGCCAUGAAGCUGACCAGCCAUGCCCGAUCUGCUGGUCUGACUUUGACAGUCCAGGACAUCUUCCAAUCCCCAGUCCUAGAGGACAUGGCCGCUGCUAUCUUCAAGAAAUCAGUGAAAGCGGCCACUCAGAGCUCGCUGCUGCCUUAUGCUCCCUUCUCCUUCGUCGAAGGAAUCAAUAACAUUCUUCCAUCGGUAGCCGCAGCUACAAGAACACCCAUUGACAACAUUGAGGAUGUGCUUCCGGCAUCAGACUUCCAGUCCUCUGCAAUUGCCCACUCUAUGCUGAAGACCCAUGGCAUGGUCAAUUACCUCUUCCUUGACGGCGAAGGCGAGGUCCCAUGGACUCUUGCCUAUGUUCAAACAGCAUGGAAUCUCUUCCUCCAAACCCAUGCAAUCCUCCGGACUGUGUUUGCUGCCUACGGAAAGGACUUCUACCAGGUGGUACUCAAAGAUACCGCUAGUCAGGUUGCAUGGCAUCAGAUAGACGAGGAUGUCGAAACAUUCUCUCUUGCGCUGUGCAAACAAGACGUCAGCUCGGACCUCCCACUGGGUAGUGUACUCACCCAGCUGUCAGUCGUCAGCAACGAAAGCCGACACCGACUCAUUCUUCGAGUCUCACAUGCUCAAUAUGAUGGUGUCUGCCUGCCGCGCAUCUGGCAGAGCUUCCAAGACGUGUUUUCUGGUCGCACGCCUGCCCCAGAGGUUCCAUUCUCUCACUUCAUCGCUGGUAUCCACCCCACUAGCCCAGAGUCUGAAACAUAUUGGCGCGAUGUCCUGUCAAACUCUACGAUGACUGACAUUGUGGCUCACCCCGCGCCGCAACACCAGAAUGUGUAUGAUCUGCACUUGACCCGAACCAUUCAAAUCGCUUCCCAGGCUGGCUCUGGAACCACUUUCGCCACCAUCUUGAAGGCCGCUUGGGCUCUAGUCCUCUCCUCGUGCUCCGACAGCUCUGAUGUUGUCUUUGGACAUGUCGUUUCAGGUCGCAACCUACCACAAGCCAACAUAGAGCAGGUCGUUGGCCCUUGUCUGAACAUCCUUCCAACUCGUGUCAUUGUCGAUUCGAGCGCGGCUCUGAGCCAUCUUCUUGACACUGUUCAAUCUCAACACAUCUCUCACAUGGCCCAUGAAUCGUUGGGUACCCGCACCAUUGUUAAAGAAUGCAGCCCUUGGCACCCGUCCACUCGCAUGAGCAGUAUUGUUCAACAUCAGAAUAUCGAUCAAGAUGCGACGGUCACUCUCAACAACCAAAGCUACACCAUCGGCGACUUCUGUCCUGCGGCUGAUGAGGCAGACAUUGCAAUCAAGACAACCCCAUUGGAUAACAACGAGAUCGAGGUCCUUUUCAUCACCUCUUCGCGCUCUGUUGGCCAGCCCAUGGCAACCGCCCUUUUGGACCGUCUCUCUGACACCAUUCGGGCUAUCUCUGACUCCACACACGCACACGCCCCUGUCUCAGAGUUCAUUCACUCCAAGUCUCUCCUCCCCCUGUCGAGUCCAUCCAAACCCAACGGCGUGAAUGGACAUUCUGCCGUCAAGAGCAUUGACGCAACCAGACCAGCAGACUCAGCACUCCUCUCUGCAAUCCGUGACAGCUGGCGACGGGUUAUUGGAAAUCCCGAUCUAUCCUUGGACUUGGAGUCCGACUUCUUCGAUGUCGGUGGUGACCUAGUCUCCAUCGCAUUACUGACCGCGUUUUGGCAAGGCCAAGACCACCAGAUUGCGGUGGAAGAUCUCUGGGAUCAUUCAUCCCUCGGUGGAAUGCUGGAUAUUUUGAUCCAGGCGCGUCGUUGA